UUGCUUGCGUCUGGCUUUGCUUGGAUUUCUUGGCCAUGGACAAGACCUACUUCGCGAAUGGCAAGCGCAAGUACACCUCCGGAGCGGAGGCGGAAGGCGGCUUUGGGCUCUCGGGCCUCGGCUCCGGAGAAUGCCUUCGGAUCUUCGUGGCGGGGGCGGUGACGCACGUGGGUAAAACCUCUGUGUGCCUGAGCCUGCUGGCAGCCUUGCGGAGAGCUGGACUAGAGGCCUCGGAGCUGGCGUACAUCAAGCCGGCCACCCAGUGCGAGGCUCCAGACCUCCUGGGCCAAUGGUGCAAAGUGGAAGGCGUUGAGUACAUAGCCGGGGAGCAGGCCCCGCUUGUCUUCUACUCCGGCUUUACCCGGUCUUUCCUGGAGGGCAAGCAGGGCACCAGCGCAGACUGGCUGCAGAAGAUUGAGCAGCGCGUGGCCUCCAUGUGCCACAACCGUAGGGUGGUCGUGGUGGAUGGCGUGGGCUUCCCAUCGGUGGGCUCCGUGGUGGGCGUGGACAACGCGGACGUGGCCAAAGCCUCGCGGGCGCCGGUGCUUUUGGUGUGUAAGUCCGGAGUGGGCUCUGCGAUCGACAGCUUCAGCCUCAAUGCGAGCUACUUCCUCGCCAAGGGUGUGCCAGUGCUGGGCGCUGUUUUCAACCUUGGGGAGACGGAGGGUUUCUACUCCGCCGACAAAUGCGCGGAGAGCAUUGGCCAGUGGUUCGAUCAGCAACGGCGCCGUGAGCGGUUCUACGGGGUGGUGCCCAAGCUCGCAGAGCUGGAGGGGCUGCGUGAGCGCGUCAAAGACACGGAGAAGGAUGCCCUAGAGGAGAUAGCCUCAAUGAAUGCAAAGCAUUUCGCGGAGCAUGCCGACAUUCACCGCAUUUUCGCGGAUGCUGCUGCGGAUCCCUGGUGCCGCACUUCGGUCGCUCAAAGGGACGCUCCGGUCGCGCCGGUGGCUUCCGCUGAGCCGGGCAAGCGGUUCCUGCCGCUCUCCCGGGACGCAGUGCUCAGCCAAGCUCAGAAGGCUGGAGCAAAGGGCGGCGGCUGAGGAUAGCCAGCCGGCGCGGCCUUAAACCUCGGAGCCCUCCGGGCUGCACGGAUGACCGCUUCCUUCACACCUAUGAGCGUCGCGUGACUGUGCAGAAUGCCGGACGGGCCCAUCCAGAGAAUGACUCGCUUCCGCAAUCCCGAGCCGCAAGGAAGA